CCAAUCUCACGCCACCGGUUCCAAAAUCGCCCAAUCCUCUCGUCUCUCCUAUCCCUUCCCUGGCCGCGUAAACACAACAACCAUCAUCGCCGGAGCUCCGAUCUUCACCGACUUUACAAUAUGUCUGGUUCCGAUGAAGAAGACGAGUGUUUCGCUCGAUUCCUCGAAUCAGAAGUCUCGUCGGUAGAGGAAACGAAGAAUCCGGAAGAACCUGAAGCAAAACGGCAACGUAUUGAGAAGCACGAAGAAACAACAAGCGCUGUAGAGAAGAAAAAGGAUGAAGAUCAUCAAAUGGAAGAUGGUAACAAAGACAGAACUGGUUCAAAGAGAAUAGAGAGUGGUGUUCUCAGCAGUGUUCCUACUGAGCUCUUUCGUCAUAUCCUCAAGUUCUUAUCCUCUGAGGAUCUUGUAUCAUGCUCUUUGGUGUGUAGAUUUCUCAAUUUCGCUGCGUCUGAUGAAUCCUUAUGGCGCCGCCUAUACUGUAUCCGGUGGGGACUAACUCCUCCAACUAGAAAGCUACGGGAGUGUGCGUGGAAGAAGCUUUAUAUUGAUCGUGAUGAGCAGGACAUGAUUGAACUUGUCAGAACCUGUCCGUCAGAUUUUAAAGAGUAUUACAUUCAAAUGCAAGCAGCAAAGAGAAGCCAAGCUCCUCUUCCAUCUGAGAUGGUGGAUGACCGAAUAAUUCUUGACAAAACUGUACUUGAACAAGUAUCUCUGUGGAAGAAAAGCAAAGGACUUGCCGAUAAGGUUGUCACUGGCCAUAUUUGUUUGGGAACUAAAUGUUCAUACCAUCAGAUUGAAGAUGUGUUCAUAUGCAAAGAGACAGGACAUGUUCAUGUAUGCGAUGACAACUGCAAGGAAGUAAUAUUGAGUCCAGAAGGUGACCUCAUGGUGUGUACUAUCUCAGGACUUUGUUCUGAUACUUUGCUUGUACAAACUGAUCCAGACCCAGAUGGGUGUGAUGAGGAAGAAGCUGAACUAGAACUUGAAGUAUUCACAGAUAAAAGCCGAUUGGCACGAGCUUUUGAACUUGGCUACAACUGCGAGGAUGAACAGGAAUUGGAACGUACCCUGAGGUUCUGCUGAGCAAAGACUCAGCCUUUUGUUCACUUUCAGAAGGCCUACGCACUCUCUCUCUCUCGAAGGUCUUUUCUCUCUCUCACACCUGAUUCUGCCUGUGUUCUCUGGACUUAAACGAAUCAGAAGUAGCUCUUGCUUUAAUAGUUGUUAGCUUUUUGUAACUUAUAUUAUACAUAUCAUUGUCUGUGAUGUACUCUAUUGUCCUUAAAAAGUGUUGCAUCUAGUAAUUAAGUUUGAUUAUUAGUAAUCUGCUACCGGAUAUUGGUAUGCUCUUCAA